ACGUUUGUUUCGAGCAAAAAGAACAGACGCUUCCGGUUGGCGGCAGCGUGUGUGAAUCGCAGAGGAUAAUAAACUUCGUAUUGGAUUUUCAGAAUCGUUUCUUUGACUGUUAUUUUUCUCAACUGUCGACAUGGUGAAACUGACCGCGGAAUUAAUCGAGCAGGCGGCUCAGUACACGAACCCUGUGCGGGACAGAGAGUUAGAUCUGCGCGGUUAUAAAAUACCCGUGGUGGAGAAUCUGGGAGCUACACUCGAUCAGUUUGAUACCAUCGAUUUCUCGGAUAAUGAGAUUAGGAAACUGGAUGGAUUUCCACUGCUGAAGAGACUCAAAACACUUAUGAUGAACAACAACAGAAUUUGUCGAAUUGGAGAAAACUUGGAGGUCUCUUUACCAGAUCUGAGGGAGUUGAUUCUCACAAGCAACAAUAUUCAGGAACUGGGUGAUUUGGAUCCUCUUGCUACAGUGAAAACCUUGACCCUGCUCAGUUUGCUCAGAAAUCCCGUUACCAACAAGAAACAUUACAGAUUAUAUGUCAUCAACAAACUUCCACAGAUCCGUGUUCUGGACUUCCAGAAGGUUAAACUGAAGGAACGUCAGGAGGCUGAAAAAAUGUUCAAAGGCAAACGAGGCGCUCAGCUUGCAAAGGAUAUUGCCAAGCGAACCAAAACGUUCACACCAGGAGCUGGACUACAGGCUGAAAAGAAAAUGGGACCUUCUGCUGCAGAUGUUGAAGCCAUCAAGAAUGCUAUUGCUAAUGCCACAUCACUUGCUGAAGUGGAGCGUUUAAAGGGACUUCUCCAGUCAGGACAGAUCCCAGGACGAGAAAUGAGAUCAGGAGCAUCUACUAUGGUAGAAGAAGAGGAGGAGAUGAUGCAAGAGGAAAUGCAGGAAUCAGUCUCAAUGUAUAGUAAUAUGCAAGGCAUAGGAGAGGGAGAAAAUGGAGAUGGCAUGCAGGAAGAAAUGAAUGUUAAUGGAUUAUAGUGUUUUUGUUGUUUAAGUGUUUUUUUUUUUUGUUUUUUUUUUUGCGCUAUGUGAGACGCAGUACUUGUUUUUUGUUGUAUUUUUUUGUAAAUUAAAGUACAUUAAACUUUUUUUAAAGAAAAA